AUUAUUUCUUUAAAUCAAACAAAACGAAGUUGCAUUCUUGAUUUACUAUUAUAUUGUUCUUGAUCUGCUAUUCUGAAUCGAGGUUUGGGUGCCGACAAAGCAAGAAUUGAAAGAUGCAGAAAAUGGCGCAGGGAUGGUUCUCGCAAGCAACUGACGGCGAUAAUGGCCAGAAACCGUCGUCUUCUUUGCUGGCCGAUUGGAAUUCGUACGCAGCAUCCCAAUCUACGGAGGAGAACUCUGAUUCCGCUUUUGGUUUUGACAUCGAAUCUGCCGUUAGGUCUGCCAACGACACAGUGACGGGUACCUUCAGCGUGGUUUCUAAGGGUGUGAGAGAUAUACCUGGCAAUUUCCAGUCUGCCACUAGUAAUGUUCCUUCUGGGAAAGCCCUCCUAUAUUUUGGUUUGCUUCUAGCGACUGGGGUCUUCUUUCUUUUCAUUGCAUUUACCUUGUUCCUUCCUGUGAUGGUGGUUGUGCCUCAAAAGUUUGCCAUAUGCUUUACUCUUGGGUGUGGAUUUAUCAUCGGAUCAUUCUUUGUUCUCAAAGGUCCAAAGAAUCAGCUUGCCCACAUGGCAUCAAAGGAGAGGCUCCCCUUCACAUUGGGUUUUAUAGGCAGUAUGAUUGGUACCAUAUAUGUGUCAAUGGUGCUUCACAGCUACAUUCUCUCCGUGUUAUUCUCUGUCAUACAGGUUCUGGCACUUGGGUACUAUGCAAUAUCUUAUUUUCCUGGUGGAUCUGCUGGCAUGAAAUUUUUGACAUCUGCUCUCACAUCUUCAAUAAUGAAAUGUUUUGGGAGGUGACAUAUUUUAGCUGAUGAGAGGUGAGGUCUGCUCUUUAGUUGAUGAG